AGAGAGCGGUACACAUUUCCGUGAAGGCCUUCAAGCAGAAGCAGCGGCUGUGGAGUGUGGGAACGAGUUAUCAAAGUUAAUUGUUCAUUAAUUCCAAUAAUGCCGUAUGCUAAUCAGCCGACGGUGAAAAUUACAGAACUGACAGACGAAAAUGUCAAGUUUGUCAUUGAAAACACCGACUUGGCGGUUGCAAAUUCUCUCCGCCGUGUCUUUAUGUCAGAAGUUCCCACCAUAGCGAUUGACUGGAUCCAGAUCGAUGCCAAUUCAUCAGUACUGCAUGAUGAGUUCAUUGCCCACAGAGUUGGUCUCAUACCUCUCACCAGUGAUGACAUUGUGGACAAAAUGCAGUAUUCUAGGGACUGUACCUGUGAUGAUUUCUGUCCAGAGUGCUCUGUCGAGUUGACCCUGGACGUCCGAUGCACAGAAGAUCAGACGCGUCAUGUCACCUCACGUGACCUUUUGUCCAACAACCCCAGAGUCAUCCCAGUGACUUCCAGGAGUCGAGACAAUGAUCCUAAUGACUACGUUGAACAAGAUGACAUUUUGCUGGUGAAGCUUCGUAAAGGCCAGGAACUGCGACUCAGGGCAUAUGCCAAGAAAGGCUUUGGGAAGGAGCACGCCAAGUGGAACCCAACAGCAGGCGUGUCCUUUGAGUAUGACCCAGACAACGCACUGAGACACACAGUCUACCCACGACCUGAGGAGUGGCCAAAGAGUGAAUACUCCGAGAUUGAGGAGGAUGAGGUUCAGGCUCCCUACGACCCCAAUGGAAAACCGGAAAGAUUCUUUUACAACGUGGAGUCAUGUGGCUCUCUACGACCAGAGACCAUCGUCAUGUCAGCGCUGGCUGUUCUCAAGAAGAAGCUGAGUGACCUGCAGACCCAGCUGAGCCACGAGAUCCAGAGCGACGUACUCACCAUCAACUGAGGCCAUCUGAACAGACCAGGACUUUCCUUCACACAGCUUUGUAAUGAUCAGAGAGCUGAUUUUAGGAAGUCACAUGGCACACAUCCUGGUCAAGGUCAGUGUGCGAGAGGGAUUUAGUUUUGUUGUUAUCAGUGUAAUGCGUAAAACAUUGGAUUAUUAUUUUGUUCAUGUUUAUGUUAUCUUUGAAAUAAAUCUGUUUUUGAAGA